AAGAACCCGGCUUCCCCCCACCCCGUGGCAAGCGGCUGGGACCAGGAUGGACUGGUUGUGAUUCCUGGCAGAGCACAAGGACAAAACCCACACCCCCCCCCCAAGAUGAAAGUGGAUCGGACGAAGCUGAAGAAAACCCCCACGGAGGCGCCCGCUGACUGCCGGGCCCUCAUUGAGAAGCUGAAGGCGUGCGGGGAUGAGCAGCUGGUGGCUGAGCUGCAGCAGAUCAAGACAUGGAACAUUGGGAAGUGCGAGCUGUACCAUUGGGUGGAUCUCCUGGAUCGCUUCGAUGGGAUCCUGGCGGAGGCCGGGCGGCCAGUGGAGAACAUGUCCUGGAUGCUGGCCUGCGACCGGCCCGAGCGGGAGCAGCUCAAAGCCCUUCUCUUGGCUCUGCUCAACUUCACGGCGCUGCUCAUCGAGUACAGCUUCUCCCGGCACCUCUACAGCUCCAUUGAGCACCUCACGACGCUCUUGGCCUCCUCGGACAUGCAGGUGGUGUUGGCCGUGCUCAACCUGCUCUAUGUCUUCAGCAAGCGCUCCAACUACAUCACCCGCCUGGGCUCUGACAAGAGGAGCCCCCUCCUGUCCCGUCUCCAACACUUGGCUGAGAGUUGGGGAGGAAAAGAGAAUGGAUUUGGUUUGGCUGAGUGCUGCCGGGACCUGCACAUGAUGAAGUACCCCCCCAGUGCCACCACCCUUCACUUUGAGUUCUACGCUGAGCCGGGCGUCGAGGUGAAGGUGGACAAGAGGGCCACCAGCACCACCCUACACUACAUCCACAUCGAGCAGCUGGACAAGAUUUCAGAGAGCCCCUCGGAGAUCAUGGAGUCCCUCACUAAGAUGUACAGCAUCCCCAAAGACAAGCAGAUGCUUCUCUUCACCCACAUCCGCCUGGCCCAUGGCUUCUCCAACCACAAGAAGCGGCUGCAAGCGGUGCAAGCCCGGCUCCACGCCAUCUCCAUCCUGGUGUACUCCAAUGCUUUGCAGGAGUCAGCCAACAGCAUCCUCUACAAUGGCCUCAUUGAGGAGCUGGUGGAUGUGCUCCAAAUCACUGACAAGCAGCUUAUGGACAUAAAAGCAGCUUCCUUACGGACCCUUACCUCUAUUGUCCAUCUGGAGCGAACCCCAAAGCUGAGCAGCAUCAUCGACUGCACUGGCACCGCUUCCUACCACGGCUUCCUCCCCGUCCUGGUCCGCAACUGCAUCCAAGCCAUGAUUGACCCCUCCAUGGAGCCCUAUCCCCACCAGUUCGCCACCGCCCUCUUCUCCUUCCUCUACCACUUGGCCAGUUACGAUGCCGGCGGUGAGGCUUUGGUCUCCUGUGGCAUGAUGGAAGCGCUGCUAAAGGUGAUAAAGUUCUUGGGGGAUGAGCAGGACCAGAUCACCUUCGUCACCAGAGCCGUGCGGGUGGUGGAUCUCAUCACCAACCUGGACAUGGCAGCCUUCCAGUCCCACAGCGGCCUCUCCAUCUUCAUCUACCGCCUCGAGCAUGAGGUGGAUUUGUGCCGCUGCGAGUGCCCCUUCGUUAUCAAGCCCAAGGUGCAGCGUCCCCCUGCUGCCACCCUCCCUGAGGGCGAGGAGAUGGAGACGGACAUGGAAGUGACAGACGUGGCCAUGGAGAGCAGCCCCGGUCCCUCGGCUGAAGCCCGACAGGAGCCAGCACCAUCCUCAACCACCACUGCUGUGCCCAGCACCAGCGCUGCCACCACCUCCUCCCCACGUGGGGGAGUCCAGUGCAUCCCUCAACGUGCCGCCUUGCUCAAAUCCAUGCUGAAUUUCCUUAAGAAAGCCAUCCAAGAUCCUGCUUUCUCUGAUGGUAUCCGCCAUGUGAUGGAUGGCUCGCUGCCCACCUCCCUGAAGCACAUCAUCAGCAACGCUGAGUACUACGGCCCUUCACUCUUCCUCCUGGCGACCGAGGUGGUGACGGUCUUCGUGUUCCAGGAGCCUUCGCUGCUCUCUUCCCUGCAGGACAACGGCCUCACCGAUGUCAUGCUCCAUGCACUCCUCAUCAAGGAUGUCCCGGCCACUCGGGAAGUGCUGGGUUCGUUGCCCAACGUCUUCAGUGCCCUUUGCCUCAAUGCCCGUGGGCUCCAGUCCUUUGUGCAGUGCCAGCCCUUUGAGAGGCUCUUUAAGGUGCUGCUGUCCCCCGACUACCUCCCGGCCAUGCGGCGACGGCGCAGCUCUGACCCCCUGGGAGACACAGCCUCCAACCUGGGCAGCGCCGUGGAUGAGCUGAUGCGGCACCAACCCACCCUCAAGACUGAUGCCACCACUGCCAUCAUCAAGCUCUUAGAGGAGAUUUGCAGCCUGGGUCGGGACCCCAAAUACAUUUGCCAGAAGCCUUCGAUGCAGAAAGCGGAUGGGACAGCAGCAGCGCCCCCCCCGCGCUCCCCCCACGCUGCUGAGGAAGCCUCCAGUGAGGAUGAGGAGGAGGAGGAAGUUCAGGCCAUGCAGAGCUUCAGUGCUACCCAGCAGAGCGAGGCCGAGCCCAGCCAGCAGGUGGUGGGCACCGAGGAGCGAAUCCCUAUCCCCUUGAUGGAUUAUAUCCUCAAUGUGAUGAAGUUCGUGGAGUCCAUCCUAAGCAACAACACCACAGACGAUCACUGCCAGGAGUUCGUGGCCCAGCGGGGGCUGCGGCCGCUCGUCACCAUCCUGGGGCUUCCCAACCUUCCUGUCGACUUCCCAACAUCCGCAGCCUGUCAGGCGGUGGCAGGGGUCUGCAAAUCCAUCCUGAUGCUGUCCCACGAGCCCAAGGUGCUGCAGGAGGGGCUGCUGCAGCUCGAGGCUGUGCUCUCAGCCCUGGAGCCCCUGCACCGCCCCAUCGAGGCCCCGGGGGGGUCAGUGCUGCUGCGGGAGCUGGCGGGGGCCGGCAGCGUCCCCGAUGCCACCCUCUCGGCUCAGGCCACCCCCUUGCUCCAUGCCCUGACCGCAGCCCAUGCCUACAUCAUGAUGUUCGUCCACACGUGCCGUGUGGGGCAGAGUGAGAUCCGGGCCAUCUCGGUGAACCAGUGGGGCUCCCAGUUGGGAUUGAGCGUCCUGGGGAAGCUGAGUCAGCUUUACUGCUCCUUGGUGUGGGAGAGCACGGUGCUGCUCUCACUCUGCACCCCAAAUAGCCUCCCCCCAGGGUGUGAGUUCGGGCAGGCUGACAUGCAGAAACUGGUACCCAAGGAGGAGAAGGCAGCUCCCAGCCCCCCGCAGGGUGGGAAGAGGGCAGAGGGUGAAGCAGAGACCCCAGUGCCUGGGCCCUCUGGGGGUGCUGGGGACCCCCCCCCAGCUCAGGGCCUAUUGGAAGGGAUGGGGCUGGAGAGUGAAGCUUUGGCCCCCAUGGAGACGGACGAGCCCAGUGCCACCGACCCCAAGGCCAAGGCCAAGAUCACCCCAGCCAUGGCCGCCCGCAUCAAGCAGAUCAAGCCCCUGCUCUCCGCCUCCUCUCGCCUGGGCCGGGCUCUGGCUGAGCUCUUCGGGCUCCUGGUGAAGCUCUGCGUGGGCUCCCCCGUGCGCCAGCGCCGGAGCCACCACGCGGCUGCCGCAGCCCCGGCCCCGACCCCCGCGGCCCGAGCCACGGCCUCGGCCCUCACCAAGCUCCUGACCAAGGGGCUGAGCUGGCAGCCCCCCCCCUACACCCCCACCCCGCGCUUCCGCCUGACCUUCUUCAUCUGCUCCGUGGGCUUCACCUCUCCCAUGCUCUUUGAUGAGCGCAAGUUCCCCUAUCACCUCAUGCUGCAGAAGUUCCUCUGCUCUGGUGGCCACAAUGCCCUUUUCGAGACCUUCAACUGGGCACUAUCCAUGGGGGGCAAAGUACCAGUGGCAGAAGGCUUGGAGCAUCCUGACCUUCCCGAUGGCACCGGGGAGUUCCUGGACGCGUGGUUGAUGCUGGUGGAGAAGAUGGUGAACCCCAGCACGGUGCUGGAGUCCCCCCAUGCGCUGCCAGCCAAGGCCCCCACCCACGGGACCCCCCACUUCAGCGCCCUGCGCUUCCUCGUCGUCACCCAGAAGGCUGCCUUCACGUGCAUCAAGCAGCUGUGGAACCGGCGCCCGCUCAAGGUGUACGGGGGCCGCAUGGCAGAGUCCAUGCUGGCCAUCCUGUGCCACAUCCUGCGCGGGGAGCCCCUCAUCCGGGAGCGCCUGGGCCGCGAGCGAGAGGGUCCCCGCACCGAGGAGGAGCCGGGCACCGAGGAGGGGGGGCCCCGCAGGGAGCCCCAGGUCAACCAACAGCAGCUCCAGCAGCUUAUGGACAUGGGAUUCUCCCGAGAGCACGCUAUGGAAGCCCUGCUCAACACCAACACCAUGGAGCAAGCCACCGAGUACCUCCUCACCCACCCUCCUCCCCUCAUGGGGGGUGUCGUACGGGACCUGAGCAUGUCAGAGGAGGACCAGAUGAUGCGCGCCAUUGCCAUGUCCCUGGGCCAGGACAUCCCCAUGGACCAGCGGGCAGAGUCCCCAGAGGAAGCAGCGUGCCGCAAGGAAGAGGAGGAACGUCGCGCCCGCGAGCGCCAGGAAGAGGAAGAAGCCAAAUGCCUGGAGAAGUUCGAAGGGGCUGAACCUUUGGAAGCCGCUGAGCUUUUGGCCUUCACCGAUUCCAUGCUCCCGGGUUGUUCCCAACUCCUGGAUGAGCUUCCCGACACCGUGUACCGCGUGUGUGACCUGAUCAUGACGGCCAUCAAGCGCAACGGGGCCGCCUACCGCGACUCCGUGCUCAAGCAGGUGGUGAAACAGGUUUGGGAAGCAGCCGAUGUCCUCAUCAAGGCAGCCUUGCCCCUCACCACCAGCGACACCAAAACCGUGUCCGAAUGGAUCAGCCAAAUGGCUACAUUGCCUCAAGCUUCCAACUUGGCCACUCGCAUCCUUUUGCUGACUCUCCUCUUUGAGGAGCUGAAGCUGCCUUGUGCUCGGGUGGUGGAAUCGAGCUGUGUCCUGGAUGUCCUCAUCAAGCUGCUGGAAGUGGUGCAGCCCUGCCUGCAAGCUGCCAAGGAGCACAAGGAGGUGCAGACCCCCAAGUGGAUCACUCCUGUCCUGCUGCUCAUUGACUUCUAUGAGAAGACGGCUGUUUCCUCCAAGAGGAGGGCUCAGAUGAACAAGUACCUGCAGGCGAGCGGGAACAACUGGCGCUGGUUCGACGACCGCUCCGGGCGCUGGUGCAGUUACAGUGCCAGCAACAACAGCACCAUUGACGCUGCCUGGCGCGCCGGGGAGCCCAGUGUGCGCUUCACCGCCGGCCGGCGCCGCUACACCGUGCAGUUCACCACCAUGGUGCAGGUGAAUGAGGAGACGGGCAACAGGCGGCCGGUGAUGCUGACGCUGCUGCGCACCCCCCGCAAGGCCGGGAAGGAUGGGGGGGACCCGGAGAGGGCGGCCGAGGAAAACCGGGAUGCAGAAGGAAGGAGCAAAGAGGAGGCCCCUGCCCCAGAGGCCCCCCCAGAGGACGACGCUUCAGCCGCUGCCUCCUCUUCCUCCUCCCCAUCACCAUCCUCGUGCUCGCCAUCGCCGGAGGAGCCGCCGGUGAAGGGGCUGGCGGAGGAAGCGGUGCCGGCGGUGCUGAGGGCCUGCGUCAGCAUGCUGGGGGUACCGGUGGACCCUGACACCCUGCACGCCACGCUGCGGUUGUGCCUGCGCCUGACGCGGCACCACAAACACGCGCUGCUGUUCGCCGAGCUCCGCAGCACCAGAACCAUCCUGGGGCUCACCCAGAGCUCCGGCUUCACCGGCUUCACCCCCCUCGUCACCCUCCUCUUCCGGCACAUCAUCGAGGACCCCUGCACCCUGCGGCACACCAUGGAGAAGGUGGUGCGCUCCGCAGCCACGAGCGGUGCCGGCAGCACCACAUCGGGAGUGGUGUCGGGAAGCCUGGGAUCCCGGGAAGUGAACUACAUCCUGCGGGUGCUGGGCCCUGCCGCCUGCCGCAGCCCCAACGUCUUCACCGAGGUGGCCACCGGCUGCAUCCGCAUCGCCCUGCCCGCGCCCCGCGGCUCUGGCACCGCCUCGGAUGAUGAGUUCGAGAACCUGCGCAUCAAAGGCCCCAAUGCGGUGCAGUUGGUGAAGACGACCCCGGUGAAGCCCUCGGCUCUCCCCGUUAUCCCCGAGCCCAUCAAGGACGUCAUCUAUGACAUGCUCAAUGCCCUGGCUGCCUACCAUGCACCUGAUGAGGGGGACAAGGGGGACCCCAAGAGCGCGGCGCCCUCGGAGGUGAGCCAGCUGCUGUCGGACAUCGGCGACGACGUCUACCAGCAGUACCGGAGCCUCACGCGCCAGCCCGGAGACUUCGACCCCCCCUCCGGCUUCGCCAUCAACGCCCAGGUCUUUGGUGCUGAUGGAGCUGCCGCGGAGACGCCGCCGUCGGGGACGCCGCAGGGGGAAGCAGCCAGCCCUGAGGAAGGCCGGGAAGGGCGGAAGGAGAAGGAUGGGGAGCGGGGUGAGGAGCGGCAGCGGGUGAAGGCCUCCAAGCCCCUGAUGCCCACGUCCACCAUCCUGCGGCUGUUGGCAGAGCUCGUCCGCUCCUACGUGGGCAUCGCCACCCUCAUCGCCAACUACAGCUACACUGUGGGGCAGAGCGAGCUCAUCAAGGAGGACUGCAGUGUUUUGGCCUUUGUCCUGGACCACCUCCUGCCCCACACGCCCAACGUGGAGGACAAGGACACGCCGGCGCUGGCGCGGCUCUUCCUGGCCAGCCUGGCAGCCGCCGGCACCGGCACCGACGCGCAAGUGGCGCUGGUCAAUGAGGUGAAGGCGGCGCUGGGCCGGGCCCUCGCCAUGGCCGAGAGCACCGAGAAGCACGCUCGGCUCCAGGCCGUCAUGUGCAUCAUCAGCACCAUCAUGGAGUCCUGCCCCACCACCUCCAGCUUCUACAGCAGUGCCACCAAGACACAGCACAACGGCAUGAACAACAUCAUCCGCCUGUUCCUCAAGAAGGGCCUGGUCAAUGACCUGGCCAGGGUCCCCCACAGCCUGGACCUCUCCAGCCCCAACAUGGCGAACACGGUGAACGCGGCACUGAAGCCAUUGGAGACGCUCUCACGCAUCGUGAACCAGCCCAGCGGGAGCCUCUUCGGCACCAAGGGCUCCUCCAGCAAGAGCAAGGCCGAGGGCGCUGGGGGGGCACGGGACAGCGGCACUGCCCCCCCCGAUGGAGGGGACCCCGGGGACCCCGAGCCCCCCGAGGAGGAUGCGGAGGUGGCACAGGCAGAGGCGGCCGAUGGGGACAUGGAUGGGGAGGCCGAAGGUGACACCGGGGGACAGCCCGAGGGGCUCAGUACCCAGGAGAUGCAGGUGGAAAAUGAACUGGAAGAUCUCAUUGAUGAGCUGCUGGAGCGGGAUGGAGCCACUGGGAACAGCACCAUCAUCGUGAGUCGCUCGGGGGAGGAUGAGUCGCAGGAGGAUGUGCUGAUGGAUGAGGCUCCCUCCAAUCUCAGCCAAGCAUCCACGCUCCAGGCCAAUAGGGAAGAUUCCAUGAACAUUCUGGAUCCCGAGGAUGAGGAGGAGCACACGCAGGAGGAAGAUAGCAGCGGCAGCAAUGAGGAUGAGGAUGACAGCCAGGAUGAGGAGGAGGAGGAAGAGGAGGAAGACGAGGAUGAUCAGGAUGAUGAGGAAGGGGAGGAAGGAGAGGAGGAGGAGGACGACGAUGACGGCUCCGAGAUGGAGCUGGAUGAGGAUUAUCCCGACAUGAACGCGUCUCCCCUCGUGCGCUUCGAGCGCUUCGAUCGCGACGAUGACCUCAUCAUCGAGUUCGAUAACAUGUUCUCCAGCCCCACCGACAUCCCACCAUCCCCUGGGAACAUCCCUGCCAGUCACCCGCUCCUGGUUCGCCAUGCGGAGCACGGGGCCCUGGCGCUGGGCACCGGUGCUGCCACCACGCGCCUGGCGCAGGGCCUGGGCCGCAGCCAGCGCACACUGCGGCAGCUCACGGCCAACGCCGGCCACACCAUCCACGUGCACUACCCUGGCGCCCGGCAGCCCAACCCGCCCCUCAUCCUGCAGCGGCUGCUGGGCCCAUCGGCAGCAGCUGACAUCCUGCAGCUGAGCAGCAGCCUCCCGCUGCAGAGCCGGGGCCGGGCCCGGCUGCUGGUGGGCAAUGAGGACGUGCACAUCAUCGCCCGCUCCGACGAUGAGCUCCUCGAUGACUUCUUCCAUGAGCAGGGCAGCACCGGCAGCCAGGCAGGGACCCUCUCCAGUAUCCCCACAGCCCUGACGCGCUGGACCGAGGAGUGCAAGGUGCUGGAUGCUGAGAGCAUGCACGACUGUGUCUCGGUGGUGAAGGUUCCCAUCCUGGCCCGGCUGGAAGCGCUGCGGGAUGAGGAGCUGGAUGAGCGGCGUGAGAAGCGCCGGCGCCAGGCAGCUGAGGAGGAAGCUAAAGGCACCGAGCGGGGGGGCCCUGAGGACAAGGAAGGGGCUGACACCCAGGAUGUGGCAUCCAAAGCCGCCACCGCCGCCACUGACGUCACCCCUCCAGAACACAGUGGGACAACGGGAGAGACCCCCCCUCCCGGUCCCCACCGGACACUGGUGAUGUUGGAACGGACGCCGACCCCCCCAGAUCCUCCUUCGGGAGGAGCCCCCCAAAUUCCCACUCGCCCCCCCCAACCCCCUGACCAGGAAGAGGGGGGACCCGGGCGACCCCCCCAGGAUGCUGAGGCCACUCAAAUGGAGCUGUCACCCGCUCCCACCAUCACAUCACUGUCCCCGGAGCGAGCGGAGGACUCGGAUGCUCUGACCGCAGUGAGCAGCCAGUUGGAAGGAUCCCCCAUGGACACCUCGAGUUUGGCUUCUUGUACCUUGGAAGAGUCAGGGGGGGCCCCCCCUCCUCCAACAGCCUCCCAAAACCCCCCCGGCACCCCCCAAGGACCCCCCCCAGCUCCCCCUGACGCUGCUCAGCCCCCUGAUGACAGCUCACCCCCGGCCUCAUCCUCGGAGAGUUCCUCCACCCGGGAUUCAGCCGUUGCCAUUUCGGGAGCUGAUUCCCGAGGGAUCCUGGAGGAGCCACUGCCAUCCACCAGCAGCGAGGAGGAGGACCCCCUGGCCGGGAUCAGCCUGCCGGAAGGGGUGGAUCCAUCAUUCCUGGCCGCGCUACCGGAUGACAUCCGCCGGGAAGUGCUGCAGAACCAGCUGGGGAUCCGCCCCCCUGCCCGGGCCCCGCCCACCCCAAGCCCCGCCCCCCCGGUCGUGGCCAAUCCCGGCCUGACCGAGGUCAGCCCCGAGUUCCUGGCGGCUCUGCCCCCGGCCAUUCAAGAGGAGGUGCUGGCUCAGCAGCGGGCAGAGCAGCAGCGUCGGGAGCUGGCGCAGGCCACGAGCUCGGAUGCGCCCAUGGACCCGGUGACGUUCAUCCAGACGCUGCCGUCGGAGCUGCGGCGCUCGGUGCUGGAGGACAUGGAGGACAGCGUCCUGGCCGUCAUGCCCCCGGACAUCGCCGCCGAGGCCCAGGCCCUGCGCCGCGAGCAGGAGGCCCGGCAGCGGCAGCUCAUGCACGAGAGGCUCUUCGGCCACUCCAGCACCUCCGCGCUCUCUGCCAUCCUGCGCAGCCCUGCCUUCACGAGCCGCCUGAGCGGGAGCCGGGGGGUGCAGUACACGCGCCUGGCAGUGCAGCGCGGGGGCACCUUCCACAUGGGUGGCACCGCCGGGCACAGCAGACCCUCCACGGGCAACGUCGACAACCUCCUUCGCCUGCGCGGCCGCUUGCUCCUGGACCACGAAGCCCUUUCCUGCCUCCUGGUGCUGCUGUUUGUGGACGAGCCCAAGCUGAACACGAGCCGCCUGCACCGGGUCCUGCGCAACCUCUGCUACCACGCGGCCACGCGGGGCUGGGUGGUGCGGAGCCUGCUCUCCAUCCUGCAGCGCAGCAGUGAGAGCGAGCUCUGCCUCGAGGCCCCCCGAGCCCCCCCGGCUCCGGAGGAGCGGCCGCGCCGGGCCCGAGCCCCCCCCAGCACCGAGCCCCGCGCUCUGGACCUCAUGCACCGCGUGGAAGCCCGCAGCUCCGGGCAGCUCUCCUGGCUCUCGGUCUCCAUGGACGCGGCCUUGGGAUGCAGGACCAACAUCUUCCAGAUCCAAAGGAUGCCCGGGAGGAAGCACACGGAGAAACAUGGCGGUGCCGCCGCCGGCUCUGCCGUUCACAUCCACCCGCAGGCGGCGCCCGUCGUGUGCCGGCACGUCCUGGACACCCUCAUCCAGCUGGCCAAGGUCUUUCCCAGCCACUUCACCCAACAGCGGGGCCGGGAUCCGAGCACGGAGCCGGAACGGGAACGCGGCCCCCCCAAAUCCGGAGGCAGCCCCUGCCCCCCCCCCUCCUCCUCCUCCAGCCUCUCCACUGAUUUCUGGGACCUUUUGGUGAAGUUGGAUAACAUGAACGUGAGCCGGAAAGGGAAGAGCUCGGCUAAAACGGGAGCCGGGGCCGGGGGACCGGAGCCCGAGGCCACGGGGAUGGGCUUGGAAGCGUCACCCUUGGGCCAGCUGAUGAACAUGCUGUCCCAUGGCGUCAUCCGCCGCAGCGCCCUCCUCACCGAGAAGCUGCUCCGGCUCCUGUCCCUCAUCUCCAUCGCCCUUCCUGAAGGUGGGAAAGGGGCUGAGGGGGCAUCGGCAGCGCCCCAAAGCGUCCCCGUGGCGACGGGAGCCGGAGCGGCUCCGGGGAGUCCAUCGGCACAGAGCGGGAAUGCUGGGAAUGCUGCGGCAGGAGGGGGAGCUGCGGCUGGGGCCUCCACCAAGACCUCCAAGUCGCCAGCCAAGGGCCCCGAGAGCAGCUCUGACCCACGGAUGGCAGCCACGGGGCUGACCGAGAGCCAGCUCCAGCUCUCGGUGGAGGUCCUGACGUCCCACUCGUGCUCCGAGGAAGGGCUGGAGGACGCAGCCAAUGUCCUUCUCCAGCUGUCCCGCGGCGAUGCCGGCACCAGGGACACGGUUCUGCGCCUGCUCCUCACCGGCGCCCGGCACCUCGGGGCCACCCUGUGCCGCCAGAUCGGGACGCUGCUGGCCGAGCUGAGGGAAUACAACCUGGAGCAGCAGAGGAGGGCGCAGAGUGAGGCCCCGUCCCCCGAGGGGCUCCCCGAGGAGCAGCCACCCAGUGCCAAGCUCAAGGGCAAGAUGCAGAGCCGGUUCGACACAGCCGAGAGUGUGGUGAUUGUGGCGUCUCAGAAGCGGGCGCUGGGCGGGCGGGAGCUGCAGCUUCCAUCCAUGUCGGUGCUGACCUCCAAGACCUCCACUCAACGCUUCUUCCUGCGCGUGCUGCAGGUCAUCAUCCAGCUGCGCGACGACACGCGCCGGGCGCACAAGAAGGCCAAGCAGGCCGGGCGCCUGGGCGCCGGGGGCCUGGGGGCGGCUGGCAGCAUCCAAGCAGCCGUCCGGCAGCUGGAGGCCGAGGCCGACGCCAUCAUCCAAAUGGUACGUGAGGGGCAGAGGGCCCGGAGGCGGCAGCAGGCACACACGUCGGAGGCCGGGCCUGCGGACGCUGCUCCCCGUCGGGAUGAAUCCCCCAUGGAUGUGGAUCAGCCAUCACCAGCCCCACAGGACAACCCCUCCGUAGGCUCGGAGGGGCCGGAGCGGGAUGAGCGUCCUCCGGAGCUGCCGCUGCUGAGCGAGCAGCUCUGCCUGGAUGAGCUCUGGGAUAUGCUGGGAGAGUGUCUCAAGGAGCUGGAGGAGUCCCACGACCAGCACGCGGUGCUCGUGCUGCAGCCGGCGGUCGAAGCCUUCUUCCUGGUGCACGCCACGGAGCGGGAGAGCAAACCCCCGGUGCGGGAUACCCGGGAGAGCCAAUUGGCCCACAUCAAGGACGAGCCCCCCCCGCUGUCCCCGGCCCCCCUCACCCCAGCCACCCCCUCCUCCCUGGACCCCUUCUUCUCCCGUGAACCCUCCUCCAUGCACAUCUCGGCCAGUUUGCCCCCCGACACCCAGAAGUUCCUGCGCUUUGCUGAGACCCACCGGACGGUGCUAAACCAGAUCCUGCGUCAAUCCACGACCCACUUGGCCGAUGGUCCCUUUGCCGUCCUGGUCGACUACAUCCGAGUCCUGGACUUUGAUGUCAAGCGCAAGUACUUCCGUCAGGAGCUGGAGCGCUUGGAUGAGGGCCUGCGCAAGGAGGACAUGGCCGUGCACGUGCGGCGCGACCACGUCUUUGAGGACUCCUAUAGGGAGCUGCAUCGGAAGUCCCCCGAGGAGAUGAAGAACAGGCUGUACAUUGUGUUUGAGGGCGAGGAGGGGCAGGAUGCAGGGGGCCUGCUGCGGGAGUGGUACAUGAUCAUCUCGCGGGAGAUGUUCAACCCCAUGUACGCGCUGUUCCGGACGUCACCGGGGGACAGGGUCACCUACACCAUCAACCCCUCGUCCCACUGCAACCCCAACCACCUCAGCUACUUCAAGUUCGUGGGGCGCAUUGUGGCCAAGGCUGUGUAUGACAACCGCCUGCUCGAGUGUUACUUCACCCGCUCCUUCUACAAGCACAUCCUGGGCAAGUCUGUCAGGUACACGGACAUGGAGAGCGAGGAUUACCACUUCUAUCAGGGCCUGGUCUAUCUGCUGGAGAACGACGUCUCCACGCUGGGCUACGACCUCACCUUCAGCACUGAGGUGCAGGAGUUUGGGGUGUGUGAGGUCCGGGACCUGAAGCCCAAUGGAGCCAACGUCCUGGUGACGGAGGAGAACAAGAAGGAGUAUGUGCACCUGGUGUGCCAGAUGCGCAUGACCGGAGCCAUUCGGAAGCAGCUGGCAGCCUUCCUGGAGGGUUUCUAUGAGAUCAUCCCCAAGCGCCUCAUCUCCAUCUUCACGGAGCAGGAGCUGGAGCUGCUCAUCUCGGGGCUGCCGACCAUCGACAUCGACGACCUCAAAGCCAACACCGAGUACCACAAGUACCAGGGCAACUCCAUCCAGAUCCAGUGGUUCUGGCGGGCGCUGCGCUCCUUCGACCAGGCCGAUAGAGCCAAGUUCCUGCAGUUUGUGACCGGCACUUCCAAGGUUCCUCUCCAGGGAUUCGCUGCCCUGGAAGGGAUGAACGGGAUCCAGAAGUUCCAGAUCCAUCGGGAUGAUCGCUCCACUGACCGGCUGCCCUCGGCACACACCUGCUUCAACCAGUUGGACCUGCCCGCGUACGAGAGCUACGAGAAGCUGCGGCACAUGCUGCUGCUGGCGAUCCAGGAGUGCUCCGAGGGCUUCGGCCUGGCCUAGGGGGGGGUCCUGGCCCUGCCCCCCCCGUGCGGCUCUAUAAAUAUAUAUAUAUAUUUUUUGGUUU